AUGAGCGCAUCCUCCAGUUCACAAGAUUGGAAGGAUCAGCUGAAGCUUCCACCUCCAGAUACACGCUACAGAACAGAGGAUGUUACUGCAACCAAGGGAGAUGAAUUCGAAGACUAUUUUCUGAAACGUGAACUUCUUAUGGGGAUAUAUGAAAAAGGAUUUGAAAGGCCUUCACCUAUCCAAGAAGAAUGCAUCCCUAUUGCACUAACUGGUAGUGACAUUCUUGCAAGAGCAAAAAAUGGAACAGGCAAAACUGCUGCAUUUUGUAUACCUGCACUAGAAAAGAUUGACCAAGACAAAAAUGCUAUUCAAGUUGUCAUAUUAGUCCCUACAAGGGAAUUGGCUUUACAAACUUCGCAAGUCUUCUGCAAAGAACUUCGGAAACACUUGAGAAUUCAAGUAAUGGUCACUACUGGAGGAACCAGCCUAAAGGAUGAUAUUAUUCGGCUUUAUCAACCUGUUCAUCUACUAGUUGGGACACCUGGUCGAAUUUUGGACCUUACAAAGAAAGGCAUGUGCGUGCUGAAGGAUUGUUCUAUGCUUAUAAUGGAUGAGCUGCAGCCUGCAGGCCACCGUUACUUCCAACAUGUCAGCCUUUUUUUUAUCUACCCUAUCUUCUUCACGGACACGCCCCUGCGGCCCUGCCCGUGCCCCCUCCAUGGCCAUCGUGGCCGCUUUGGUAGCUCACCAUCGCGCCGGUCGCUGCGGCACCUCUGCCACGCAUCCGCCCGCCCAGUGCUGGCUGUGGCGCGCCUCCAGCAGCCUCCGCCCGUCCCCCGCUGGCCGCGGCCGCGGCCGCGCGCCACCGCGCUGGCCUCCGUGCCACCCACCUCCGGGCGCGGCGCGCCGCUUCUUCGCCCGCUCUGCGCUGCCUCGUUCGCACUUGCCCCACUGCUCGUCGCGCCGCCUCGGGCCUUGCUCGCCCUGCUCCGCCGGCCAUGCUCGCCCGGCCUCGCCGUCGGGCGAGCAGCGCGCAUCCACCUCCGUCGCGGCCCUGGGUCGCUGCAGUGCAGCACCUUGAGCGCGUUCCCUGUUCCCGCGCCCCAGGAGCGAGGACGAGCUCAACCGGCGGCCUAG